UUUGACUGUAUCGGUUCAAAAAUAUCAACAAUUCGUGUUUGUAUACAGCUGACGCGCGAUGUAGUGAGUGUGGUAUUUGUUGUCAUCAAUUAGUGGUAUCCUAAAUCGUUUCAUAGGAAAAUAGUAAAUUAUUUAAGAUGGGUGAAUCUGUGAAAGAGCUGCUACAAUUUUUGUGCAGACUUUGUGCGCGGACCGAUAAGUCGUGUGUUGAUGUUUUCAGCAAGGAUGGCAGUAGGCAUUUCAUUCAAAAGAAGAUUCGGCUUUGCCUUCCAGUUAUUGUAGAGGAACAAGAUGAAAUGCCAAGGCAGAUAUGCUUGAGCUGUCUUAAUAAAUUGGAAAGCACAUAUGAAUUUUAUACCACCUGCAUUUAUGCUCAAUCGACAAUCCAGAGACUUCUGAGAGCUGAAUCUCUACAAGAUAGUGAUCAUGUUAAUGAACUUGGCAAUAAGACUGAAGAACAAAUUCCUGCCAGCUUCUCACUCGAUCAAUAUCUAAAACGCAAAAUUGACCCUGUAGACAAAGGGAAAUCAACAAAAGUGCCAAGGAUUGACAAACUAGAAAAGAAUUUGAGAAAUAAUAAUGUGUGUUUGGAGACUACAAAAUCUUCAGACUCAGAAGUUAGUACAGCCAUUGGAAACACUGAAGAUUCCAUAGUGACUACAAACAACACAGAAUUACGGUGUGCAAGUACAGCUGUUGGCAACAGUAAUGCAUCUGUGGCGACCACAAAGAACUCAGAACUUCUUUGUGUUACAUCAACCAAUCCACAGAAACCAAAAUUGCGUGUCAAGACAACCAGUGAAUUAAGACAGGCUGGGCAGACAAGUAUUGUGACGGACUGUGUGCCAGCGCUUCUCCCUCUGCAGACAUCUUCAUCUCAGUCUGCCUCAGUUCCUACCACAGGGCAGUCCACUUGUGUCAGUGCUUCUCCCUCGGCAAGUGUUGUAUUUUCACAGUCUGCUGUGCCGCAGAGCUGUCCCAGCGUAUCUUCUGUACCACAGCAAGUAAAGAGUUCCUUACCACAGCAUGUAAGUAAUUCAUCUGCCUCAGAGGGUGGUAUGAGUCGGUCACCUGCAGUGCAGAAUGCUAAGUGUGUACCAUCUGCCCCACAAUGUAUUGGAAGUUCAUCAUCCGUGCUACAGUUCAGCACAAGUUCAUCACCGGUGCUACAAACUGCCACUAGUUCAUUAUCUGUGCCACAAAAUGCAACUGCUUUAUUACCUGUCCCAAAUAAUGCUACAGUUUCACUACCUUUACCAGAUAACGCUACAGCUUCAUUAACUGUGCCACAGAAUGUUACAAAUUCGUCAUCUUUGCAACAGUACUCUUUGUCUGUACCAAAUUCAUUAUCUUCAGGACAAGCCAUUCUUCCGAAUGUGUCCCAGUUCAUCAUUGUGCCAGACACAUUUGCAAGUGCACCAACUUUCACUGCAGCUGGGAUGAGUACCGUAACUGUGCUCACACCAGCUGUUCCAUCCAAUGUGUCUCUGGUAGGAGACCUGGGCAUACAACUAGGGCCAGCAACUACGCUGGUGGCACCGCAGACCACACGGCCGUCACUGCCCGUUUCGAUGGGAGCACUGACAGUUUCGACGACACCAGCAGUGCCGCUGGCAUCUUCCUCACUACCUUUAGUGCAGACAGUGCCAAUUCAACUAGCUCAGAAACUGCCAAAUUCUGUGGUGUCAACUCUGACAUCUGCACCAGCUAUUAUUAGUCAGAGUAGCACAUCAGAUAGUGUUUCAUACAGUUUGCUCAAGAGAAACCGCCAGGAGCUUGUUAUCUCUAGUAAUUCACUUGCUACAGUUACAACAUCCUCUGCAAAUGUGUCCUCAAAAGCCGACCGUCAGCCUUCGAUGUUACCUCAGAAUUUGAAGGUGUUGAGUAGUUCCUCUGUCAGCCCUGCCAGUAAUGUGCCAGUGAUGAGAGUUAGUACAGAAAGCAAGAUUGUCAGGUUGCAAAAUGACACUGUGGUGCGGGGUGUGGGUAAUGAUGCCUCGAGUGUUUUAUCAAAACAAAAUGGCAGUGCUCAGUUGAAAAAAAAUGUUGUGGCAGCUUCCAGUGCAGUUUCACAUCCCAACAGUCUCCGAAAACGUAAAUCUCCAGCAGCUAUCAGUGCAAAGCAGUUCACGAGUAAUUCAUCACCAGUACUAAUUGGUCGUCUGACCUGCAGUGUACCAAAUAGUAAAAAGAGUUCAUCAGUGCCACCUGGAAAAACUUCAGAUGCAGAAAGCACUUCAAAAACAAAAACAUUAUUGGGUAUCGUAACCCAGGGUAGUAAUUCUCAGCAUCCUGACUCUAAUAAAGCUUUACAGAAAACUGUUUUGUGUUACUCUAAUCGGUCAGCAACUAAAGUGAACAGUUCACCUCCCAAUAAAACAACUACAGUUCCUACACCAAAUUCUGUUUCUCAAGCAACAGUUUCUACAGCAGUUCCUUCUUCACAGCCUACAUUCUCUGGCUCCAUAGGGUCCACACACCAGCGAAAGGAGGACGUUAGGCCUGGUAUUCUCAAGAAAAUCAAUAGUAAAAGUGCUGGAAAUGCACAAUUACCUGUAGUGGAUACAGUGACAAAUAUGAAAGCUGAGCGGCAGCCCAGUGAAAACCGGCCACAGCAGAAAGCAGCGGUGCUGAGAUCACAGCCGUCUGGAGAGCUUCCACCCCCACCUCCAGCAGUGCCUCUGAACAGUAUCAGUAUUUCUGAUAAUAGGAGAAUACUGACAAACACUGGCAGUGGAGACCUGCAGAAUUGUGAAGCUAAAAGUGCGAGCAGUCAAGCCAACAAAUCAGGGCUGACACCAAAACCACGUGGAGCUGUUGUAACGGCAACAGUCAGUCCUUUCACUCCAACUUUGCGGCCUGCAUCAGAGCCACAAAGACAGUUGCCUGAAGGCCGUCCACCAGAGGUACAGGUAGAGCCUGUAAGACCAUCAUCUCAGUCACCAUCUGAAGCGGGGCCUGGAAGAUCUUCAACCUCUUCGCCAUCACCACCAUCAGUAGGAAAGGAAGAGUGCCCUUACUGCCAUAUUGAGUUUCCUGUUGAUAUUCUGAUCCACCACAAGACACUUCACUACAGAGAAAGGUUCUAUACAUGCAUCGAUUGUGACAAGAAUUUUGUAACUGAGAAGGGCUUAGAAUCACAUCGAUGUCAGAAAGAAAGCAAGGGAUAAAUUAAUAAGACUGAAUUUUAAGUUUUAUUUACUUCUUUUAUAUCAGACUUUUUUUUUUUUACAAAAAAUUGCAUUGGUUCGUUCAUUUGGAAACACUAUUAAAAAUACCUGUCACUGAAAAUUAUUCUACAAAAAUGCCUUUUUUCUUUUGCAUUCUUUUUUCUGAGAUAAUUAAGACACUACACACACCAAGAAAUGAAAAGACAGUGUAUGUAGGCCCUUCACCAGAGGAACAGGUAGGGCCUUUAUAACCAUAAUCUUUCCCACCACCUGAACUGUGCCUGGUGCCUGGAAGACCUUCAUUUCCCGUUUCCUUCACCACCACCACCAGCACCACCACAAACAGUAGCAAAGGGAGAGUGCCCUCAUUACCACGUCCUUUUUCCCGCUGAGAUUCUGAUACCUGCAGGAACAUUACAGGGAAAAGUUUUAUACGUGCAUUGAUUGUGAAGAGAAUUUUGUAGCUGAGAAGGGCUUUGUAUUGCAUCAUUGUAAGUUAAUACUGUGGACAGGAUUCUUAGAUUGUAUCUACUUCUUUUAUAUGA